AUCAAUAAUUUAGAAAAUUCCAAUUUUUUGGCAUUUGGUUUUCCCAGUAAUAAACCAAGGCCUUCACGAGGGACGUGGCGGCCGAUGAUCAGAGAUUUGCAGAAGAAUCCAUGGCGGUUUUCCCUGAUCUAAGGAAAGCUUUCGUUUCCGAUCCUAAACAUUCAUUUCCUCCGCCGUACAUUUCUGAUCAAAUCCAAGUCCCAUAUAUAAUCUAUUAAUUAUCUCUGAAUAUAACAAAUAAACAUAUUUAGGGAACCAUUAGAUUCGUAGAAUCAACAUGGGAUCCGAACUCAAUAGCAUUAAUACAAAACCGGCCAAGACCGGAGAAUCAGACCCCAACGACGACAGCCCUCUCCUUGAAUCCGCUGCCGAAGAUAUCCAGGAGCUCGAGAAGAAAUUCGCUGCCUUCGUGCGCAAUGAUGUGUACGGUUCCAUGGGGCGUGGAAAGCUGCACUUGAAAGAGAAACUCCUGAUAGGCAUCGCCCUCGUCACGCUUCUCCCUAUACGUCUCGUUUUGGUAAUGGCUAUUCUGGCCGUAUAUUACUUGAUUUGUAGAAUUUUUACGCUAUUCUCGGUUCCGAAUCUGGAGGAAGAGCAGGAAGAUUUUGCACACUUGGGUGGGUGUAGGCGAGCCGUGAUUGUCCAGUCGGGCCGGUUUCUAUCUAGGUUGCUGCUUUUUACGGUAGGAUUUUAUUGGAUUAAUGAAACUCGUAAGGACUCAGCAAACACCCAAGAGAAUUCAAAAACUGAGUCAGAAGAGCAAGAAAGGCCUGGGGCAAUCGUAUCAAAUCACUUAUCAUAUUUAGAUAUCUUAUAUCAUAUGUCCUCUUCCUUUCCAAGUUUUGUUGCCAAGAAAUCAGUGAGUAAACUUCCCUUAAUUGGUCUUAUCGGAAAAUGUCUUGGUUGUGUCUAUGUUCAGCGAGAGUCGAAAUCAUCAGACGUCAAAGGUGUUGCAGGCAUUGUGACCGACAGAGUUCGUAAUGCACAUCAAAAUGAAUUGGCUCCAAUGAUGAUGCUCUUUCCAGAAGGAACAACAACUAAUGGGGAUUUCCUCCUCCCAUUCAAGACUGGUGCCUUUUUAGCCGGAGCACCUGUAGUGCCUGUUAUAUUAAGGUACCCAUACCAAAGAUUUAGUCCAGCCUGGGAUUCAAUAUCUGGGGUGCGUCAUGUGGUUUUUCUUCUGUGUCAAUUUGUUAAUCACUUGGAGGUAACAUGGUUACCUGUUUACCACCCAUCGCAGCAAGAGAAGGAUAAUCCACAACUAUAUGCUAAUAAUGUCCGAAAACUGAUGGCCGCUGAGGUUGGUUUGAUACUUUCGGAUAUCGGGUUGGCCGAGAAGCGAAUAUACAUUGCCGCUCUCGACGGUAAUAAUAGUCUUUCUAGUGUUUUGCAUCAGAGAAACGAUUGAUAAAUUCUUCAACCUUGCUUCCGCAUGUUUAUCUAUUCUCAGUUAAGUUUUUCGUAGUUUACACUGACAACACCAUUGCAAUUAUGUUGUGAACUUUAUUCAUGAAAAGUAUGGCCAUGAUCAUCUGCUAUAAGCCACCCCUAGGGUUCUUUUGUUGGUUUCA